AUGCGCUUCACCCUAGCACGGUUCAAGCCCAAUCCAGCAUCACUCUACCCACCACUGACGGCAUGGAACUUCCCUCCACGGGGCAGCAAGAUCUAUGUCGCCUGUUCAGCCGGCAUCGAUUCAUCCGUCACCGCUCGCCUCCUCCUCGAAAGGGACUACGACAUACGACCCGUAUAUAUGCGCAACUGGGACACAUUGGACGAGAACCAAACUUCGGGUGGAUGCGAAUGGGAGAAGGAUUGGGAACAGGUGCAAGUGCUUUGUAAAGAGAGCUUGGGAGGGGUCAAGCCGACGCUGGUCGAUUUGUCAAAGCAGUAUUGGAAUGAGGUGUUUGAGAGGUCAUUGGGGGAAUGGGAGAGAGGUGUAACGCCUAAUCCGGAUGUCGUAUGCAAUCAGUACGUUUGAGCAGCAAUUUCACCUUUGCCGAGUGCAGGAUUUUCCUCCAAGAGCAAUGACAUCAACCCCUUCGCCCCAAGCGCAUGGCUGAACCCGAAAGUCUCACCAUUCCGCAGGGAGAUCAAAUUCCGAGCUCUACCUUCAAUUCUCUUCGACAAGGACCCAAACGCUUAUCUAGCCACAGGUCACUACGCUCGUCUGUCACCCAGUCCUCUUGACCCCCUCGAGCCAGCCUUGCACCGAGGUGCCUAUCCCCUCAAGGACCAAUCCUACUACCUCUCCACAUCACCCGUUUCAGCUCUCAAGAGGACUUUGUUCCCUUUGGGAGAGUACAGGAAGGAUGAAGUCAAAGAAAUGGCGAGAAAGUGGGGCUUGCCGGACAAGAUCACAGAGAGGAAGGAGUCGAUGGGGAUCUGCUUUGUCGGCAAGAAAGGGAAGAGAUUCCGGCACUGGUUGGGUACGAGAAGGAAUUCUUUUUCUCUUAAUGAGUUUAGGCAGCUGAUUCAACCGCAUCUGUCGCAUACUUGUUCGAUAGACGCUUACCUUCCUCCGAAGCCCGGCCAUAUCGUCCUGACUUCCGGCAAGAUCGUCGGACAGCACCAAGGACUAUGGCAAUACACCAUCGGUGAAGGUGCUCGAUUACCCGGUCUUCCUUCACGACAUUUCAUCGGUCGAAAAGUUCGGGAGAGGAACGAGAUCGUUGUCGUCCCUGAAGAGUCAGUUCUGCGCAUCUAGAAGGAUUUCAUGUACAAUGCUCCGACUGACCAACAUAAGCGGCACUAUCUUCUGUGUCCCUGCAGUUCAUCGAUCCUUCGGGUUGUCAAACUCUCCACCAAAGACUUCAAGUGGUUGUCCUCCCAUCCUCCACCGAGCGAAAUCAACUCUGCCGAGGGUUUCAAGGUCGAUGCUCAAACUCGAUCGUUGCAAGAACGGUCGUUGGCCCGAAGUGUGGUCAGAAGAGCAAGGUAAUCUUCGAUGCCGGGCAUGCAAAAGCUAAAUGGUGUGAAGCCAACUAAACUCUUGCACCUCUGUAUACAGUGAUCACUCGCUCGAAAUCGAGCUCAACGAACCCCUGAUCGGCGUCUCACCUGGCCAAGCCGUCGUGCUCUACAAUGGAACGUGGUGUUUAGGAGGUGGGACGAUCAAAUCGACCACAACUCUUGCCGAUCUCCCUCAAUCGAGCAAUUAG